GAAGUCGUCAGCUUUCUAGCUCACGCAGAAAAUUUCCGACUUCCGAAGUUGAAAAAAACAACAACACAGCUACAUUUUGCUAGCUAAGCUUCAAGGAAAUCUUUAUAACUUACCAUUCAGCUGUGGGACGUGCGGGCGAAGACGAGAGCGGUGUGCUUGAGAGAACUGAGUGAACUGUGUGGCUCAACUGCCCAUUUUUACCUGAGGUAGGCCUCCAUUGAGGAUGACAAUGGAAGAGAUGAAGAAUGAAGCUGAGACAAAUUCAAUAGUCUCUAUGACAUUAUAUGCAGUCAUGUAUCCAGUCUUCAAUGAGUUGGAGAGGAUAAACCUGUCAGCAGCACAGACGUUGCGGGCAGCAUUUAUCAAAGCAGAGAAAGAGAACCCAGGCCUCACUCAGGAUAUCAUCAUGAAGAUACUGGAGAAGAAGAGCGUGGAGAUCAAUUUCACAGAGUCACUACUGCGCAUGGCUGCAGAUGACGUGGAAGAGUACAUGAUUGAAAGACCAGAGCAGGAAUUCCAGGACCUAAACGAGAAAGCACGAGCCCUCAAACAUAUCUUGAGUAAAAUCCCAGACGAGAUCAACGACAGAGUGCGCUUCCUACAGACCAUAAAAGACAUCGCCAGUGCCAUAAAAGAGCUGCUGGACACAGUCAACAAUGUGUUUAAGAAAUAUCAGUAUCAGAAUCGCAGGGCACUUGAACACCAAAAGAAGGAGUUUGUGAAGUACUCCAAAAGCUUCAGUGAUACGCUGAAAACAUACUUCAAAGAUGGAAAGGCAAUAAACGUCUUUAUCAGUGCCAACAGACUUAUCCACCAAACUAACUUGAUACUACAGACCUUCAAAGCUGUGGCCUAGGAGAUGGAGCUGUGACGUGUGCGGGAGUGUGGAGCCAGUUAUGUUUAAUAUACAAAGAUUUUGUCUUUUCAAAGUGUAAUUUAUCAACUUUGCCUCAUUUAAAGGAACUUGUUCAAGUUCAAGACACGUUCAUUUACUCUUAGCUAAAUAAUUAUGAUAUUUACCCUUACUGACAGCUUCAUUACCUUUUUCUUUUACUAUUGUUCCGAUCAAACGAAAGCCAAAAGACUUUGCGCCUUAAAGUGUCAUGCAACAUUCCAUAUUCAAAGUGUAAAUAUUUGUAUUCUUUCUUUGUCAUUGAGAAUAGGAAUAAAUUAUGUAUUUAACAGAUAUUUGGUUAUAAAUGUUCAAUAAAUAGUUUCCAAAUGUUUAAUAUUCUCGGGAGUCUUGGGAGGUUUUUAAUUCAUUCAAUUAAUAUAUCCCCACAGAUGCACUAAGGAAGUUAAAAACACAGCUUUUAUGAAGUCUGCUCUGUAAUGUACAUAAAGAAGCACAGUUAAUGGAAGAGCUCUUUGACUUUCUAUGCGUUUAAGUGGAUAUUUAAUGGUCUGCGAGUAGAUGCAGAAGAGGGUGUUCUGGGCUGAAAGAUGCUGAGUAUAGUGUAAUUGGGUCAGCCAACCUCAUAAUGUUAUUAGUUUUGAAACUGAAAACCAAAACAUGCAUAUUUGCUGUCAUGUACAAAAAUACACUACUGUUCAAAAAU